UGUACUUUAUGCCUUAUUGUUAUUGACUAUGUACAUUCAAUAAUAUUUUUUUGUUGACAGAGUUAGCUCUCACCGACAGCUGUCCGAUUGUCAGUGCUAUACGUCACUACACGGACCGGAAGUUCUCUCACUGUUUUCUGCACUUCGUCUGGAAUAGAUAGAUACAAAAAAAAUAAUGCACGUUCUUCGCCAAAUUUCAGGGUGAAUGGAGUGCUGCCGAGAGGACCGGAAUCUGUGCUGCUCCGGCAGAAGCGGAUAGGAUUUUUUUAAAGCUUAGAGUACGAGGAGACGGGAAACUAUUAAAACGGGAGGGCCCCGGUAAAAAGGGUAAGGGCAAAAUACGGUAGUUUCCCAAUAAAAACUGAAUGGUUUACAGAUAUGUGGGUAUUUUUUUUAAAUAUAUAUUUUUUAUGUUAUUCCCCACAUUUUCGAUGUGAAUCCUAACAUUUUAAAAUAGAUGUAAUAUUUACUCGCAUUCUUUCCGUAAUUGUUUCCAGGGGAAGGUUUUUAACGAGGCACGUUCAAGUUACGUAUCAACCAGGAAGUGUUUAGACAGGAUUGUUGCCUCCCGUUGGAUGAUACACAAAAAAUACUAAGGUAACGUUAAAAACUGAUAAGCUAUUCAACAGACAUUGUUCCUAUCCGUGGACAUGAAUAGAGUCUACUCUAAUUCAUAUCGUAAAUAACCCUACCUGCGGUAGUUUUGAAAACGACAGCCUAGGUCAUAUUAAAUACCUGUUUUAUUUAAAUGUUGAUGUGAACGUACUGUCCAAUUUGAUUGUAAGAGUUAUAUUACUAUUAUUAUUUGUUGCCAAAGUAACCCAUCAGCUACAGGUUAGCACUAUUUUCCAGUGACAACAUACUUUUAUUUUGAAGGUUGACCAGAUAGAUGGACAAGCAAAAUAAAUGUAUUUGCUUGCAACAUCAAUAGUGUUAAGACUACAUCAUUGCCGCUAAGUUUGAACGGCAAAUCAAAAUUCUGCUUUAUUUGUUCUGUGGGAUAUGCCAUAACAUGUCCAUCCAGUUUUGCCAGAGGGGAAAUGACAAAUUAUAGUACCAGAAGCUUAAAAUGAUCAGUACAUACCCAAUUUGACGUUUUUUAGAACCAUCUGAUAAGUAAAACAUCACCACAGACCGUGUAUAGUAUAGCUAUAAUGCAAUUUUAUCUUUUAAAUAAACGGUGUUGGAAAAAAGUUGCCACUGGCACAACAGCGGCCCCACCUGGCCGUAAAGAGGCACAGCACCAGGCGCAGUGCAGAUAAAAAUGGAGGGAUCUUCUAAAAGUGAUGCAUCAGAUCAGUCAGCUGUUGUUGCUGCUCAGGUUCCCUUCCUACACCUGUGUAAUACUUUAGAAAAAAUCCAGAAGUUAAAACUUCGACCAGAAAAGUCCAAUAUCCUCAGAGAUUUUAUUGAGUCGUGGAGGUCGUUCCAUUGCGCCUUGCACAAGGAUAACCCCAAAACAACAGACUCUUUCUACCCAGCAAUGCGUCUCAUCGUUCCUUCAUUUGAGCGAGAGAGAAUUGCAUAUGGCAUCAAGGAAAGCAUGUUAGCAAAACUUUACAUUGAUGUAUUAUGCCUCCCAAAGAAUGGCCCAGAAGCCAAUAAACUGUUGAACUACCGCGCACCAAACACCUCCCAAGGGGAGUCAGGAGACUUUGCUAGCAUGGCAUACUUUGUGCUAAAGAAACGCUGUACGCACCAAGGAAAGCUCAGCCUUAAAGAAGUCAAUGACUUUUUGGAUUCUGUCGCUAUCAACAACGCUAGCAAGAAGAAAGACCUUGUGAAAAAGAGUCUGCUACACCUUAUCCAACAGAGCUCUGCUCUUGAGCAAAAAUGGCUCAUUAGAAUGAUUCUGAAGGACAUGAAGCUAGGGAUCAGCAAGGAAACUGUCCUUCAGGUCUUUCACCCAGACGCUGCUGAGCUCUACAAUGUGACCACAGACCUGAGCAAGGUGUGCCAGCAGCUCCACAGCCCCUCUGUGUCCUUGAGUGAGGUUUCUAUUGGACUUUUCUCUGCCUUCAAGCCCAUGUUGGCAGCUGUGGCUAACAUCCGCAAUGUGGAGAAGCAGAUGGGAAACAGCCCUUUUUACAUUGAAACCAAGCUGGAUGGUGAGCGAAUACAACUGCAUAAAGAUGGCAAUGUGUACAAGUACUUUAGUCGGAAUGCCUUUGACUACACACAGCAGUUUGGUGGAUCACCUUUAGAGGGCUCUCUGACACCAUACAUACACAAUGUCUUUAAAAACCACAUUGUCAGUUGCAUCCUCGACGGGGAGAUGAUGGCUUACAACCCAACCACAAAGAUGUUCAUGCAGAAAGGGAGCAAGUUUGACAUUAAGAGACUGAUGGAAGAUUCAGAGUUGCAGACUUGCUAUUGUGUGUUUGACGUGCUUUUAGUCAAUGAUCAAAAGCUUGGAAAUGAAAUGCUGAAGAAACGCUAUGAGAUCCUGCAUACCGUUUUCUCUCCGGUUCAUGGCAGGAUCCACUUGGUGCCCAAAGUGGAAGCCAGAACUAUGCAGGAGGUGGUGAAUUCCCUUAAUGAUGCCAUAGACAACCGAGAAGAGGGAAUCAUGGUAAAGGAUCCUUUAUCCGUCUACAAACCGGACAAGCGAGGAGAGGGUUGGCUGAAAAUAAAGCCAGAAUAUGUGGAUGGCUUGAUGGAUGAGCUUGAUCUUAUAAUUGUUGGCGGCUAUUGGGGUAAAGGAAGGCGGGGCGGUAUGAUGUCCCAUUUCCUAUGUGCUGUUGCCGAAGCACCAAAGCCUGGUGAGAAACCCUCCAUUUUUCAUACGCUCUGCCGCAUCGGCUCUGGCUACACAAUGAAAGAGCUGUAUGACCUUGGCUUAAAGCUUGCCAAGCACUGGAGAGUUUACCGAAAAAAUGACCCACCCUCCAACAUCCUUUGUGCAACUGAGAAGCCUGAGGUCUACAUUGAGCCAUGCAACUCUGUGAUCCUGCAAGUGAAGGCGGCUGAGAUAGUCAGGAGCGACAUGUAUAAAACCAACUGCACCCUGCGCUUCCCGAGGAUAGAAAAGAUCCGCAAUGACAAGGAGUGGCACCAGUGCAUGACCCUAGCAGAACUGGAUCAUUUCCAUAACAAGGCAUCAGGGAAACUGGCCUCGCGGCACCUUCGAAUUGACGCUACAGACGAACCACAAAAAAAGAAGCGCAAACUACCUGCCCAAGUCAAGAAAGUAAUAGACCACUGUAAGCCCCAGGAUCUCUCCGGGGUUACCAAGGAGACAGACAUGUUUCAAGAUGUUGAGUUUUGCAUACUCAAUGGGACAGAGGAUCACCCCAAGGCCGAGCUGGAGAAGAGUCUGGCCAGGUGUGGCGGUAUUGUCGUUCAGAACCCAGGGCGAGACACCUACUGUGUGAUUGCCGGCUUGGAGAACAUGCGUGUGAAAAACCUGAUUUUGUCCAACCAGCAAGAUGUUGUAUGGGUUUCCUGGUUGCUGGAGUGCCUGGAGCAGAAGAAAGUGGUUCCAUGGCAACCACGCCACAUGAUCCACAUGUCGCCGUCCACCAAGGAGCACUUCACCAAGGAGUAUGACAGCUAUGGCGACAGCUACUUCGUAGACACUGACGAACAGCAACUUCGGGAGGUUUUUGGGCGCAUUGGAAGGAGGGACACCUCAACGGUGGUGAAUGCCUGCCAGAUAGAAGAGCGAUAUAGCUGGGAUGACCUUCCUACCAGUAUGUUCAGACAUUUCACAGUUUAUAUGGAUGGAAAUGCUACUUGUUUGGAUAUCCGGGCCCUGGAGUUCCGUUAUCAUGGAGGCACAGUGGUGCAGAAGUUGGAGGAAGGGGUGUCACAUGUUGUUAUUACGGAGGAAACAAGGCUUGUGGAUUUGAGGAGUUGUAGGCGUAGCUUUAGGAAGAAGUUUAAAAUCGUCAGAGACUCCUGGGUGACAGAUUCAAUCAAAAGAGGACAACUGGUAAAUGACGACGACUAUUUAGUUUGAAAAUCCACCCCAUCAGUGACGUGCAAUGAGUUUAUGGCUUGGUGAGGCAGACGUAUGUUCCCUUCAGAUCUUAUUACUGUCUGCAUCAUUUUACGAUGUUUCUCUGCAUGUUAUUAUCCAAUCAACAAGAAGAAUUAUGUCACAUACUUCUAUUACAUUAAAAAGGCUACAGAAAAUCAUGAUGUUCCAAUCUUACAUUGGCAUCAUGCUGGGAAACAAUGGGCCUGUUUGUGAAGGACUGCUCAUUUAGAGGUGAGGUGAGGCUAAUAAUAAAAGAAUCAACAAAAUAGAAGUCAGGUGCAAAUGAAAAUACAGCCUUAUAAUUUACUAAUUAACUUAAAUCUUUGUUCAGCAGUUUUUAGUUUCUUUCAGAGAAUUUGCUCUUCAUAUAUGUGACAGAUGAACAAUACCAGUCACAAAUAAAUUUUAUGACAUGCUACAACUCCCUUCUCUUCUGCUUCAUUACUCAAGGUUGUCUUUUUUCUGCUUGUUUGAGCUUGUUAUGGGUUAAUCAGUGAACUGGCUGACACAUUACUGCCACGAGUGGCAGGAAGGUGUAUUACAACUGAGCGUCUCACAAAACAGACGUUUUUGUGCCGGGUGAGGAAGGAACUCAAAAGGCUUUAUUUUCCCAACAGAAAAGUCCACGUGGCAGAAAGACCAUAUAUACUUAUUUCACUAUUUAAUAAAUAGUGAAAUAAGUAUAUAUGGUUUUCCAUUUUAUGAACUGGUAUUUGCAGGGAAGCUAAAAAUACCAGUUUACUAAAAGCUGACCCAACAACCCAACUUUUAAUAAGUGGAAGAAGAUAGAUGGAUGGCCAAUGGCUAAUGUUAGCCGCUAACAUAUUAACAGCUUCGUCGCGCCGUAUUGAAUAUGGUCUGGUUCUGUCUAUGACACCGUUCCAUUCAUACAUUUGGUAUACGCUAUUAUUGCAAAGUAUUGGAGAAGAAAUUUACUAAGUGAUUGACUAUAUAUGUUUACACUAUAAAUUACAGUAGUAGCAGAGCAUAUUAUGCAAUCAACAGUGUCAGUCAUUACAGA